AUGCGAGUAGUGACCGGAACAGAUACUGGACUUUUAAAAGUCGUGGAUGUUGUCAAGGGUGAAGUCAAUAUCACCAUCGGAGAGCAAAAGAAGGGUCGUGGAGUGAGGAAAAUUCAAUGGGCCAAUCCCAACAAUGAUUCCGAAGUGGCUGCUCUCUACGAUGAUGGAUCCAUUGAUUUUUAUUGGAUGGCUACCGGUCAAAGAAGAUUUUCCGUACAAUCAUCAUUGAAAAACAUUCAAGGAUUUCAUUGUGAAACCAUUUCCGAUGAUACACGAAAUAUCUAUGUGUGUGAUAAUGAAGGAAUGUUGAAUAUUUAUCACUUUCCAAUUUCAAAAUAUAAUAUUGUACAGCCUUCUGAUGAUUUUCUGAGAAAUUUAAAUAGUAGUAGCACUGAAAACCAUGGAGAGGGUGAUGAGGCUCAUUACAGCGAUGAUGAAAGUAACAAUGGCCAGACAAAAUCACAACUCAAUCCAAGCCUCGGAUACAAAGUAACAGAAGACGUUCAAACUCACAAAAUUGUCAUUGAACCACAAAUUACCGAAUUGAAAUUAACUGGAGGAGAUGUGAGUGUCAUGGUUGCCCAGAGAUUGGACUCGAAGCGACUCGAAGUUGCUGUCGCAGGCAACAAUAACUUGAUGAAAAUUUGGGAUGUUGAAACACAAAAGUGUGUCUUUAAGGCAAAGAAUGUUCCUCACGAUCAUCUCAAUAUGAAGCAACCCAUUUGGGACAAUGGUAUUUGUUAUUUGGGAAGUGGACAUGGCAGUGAGGACGAGAGAAAUCAACAAUUGGGAGAACACUCGUUUGGUAAUUUGAUUUGCACUCGAACAGCCUAUCAUCAAGUGAGAUACUUUGACCGUAGAGCACAGGAACGUCCCAUUCAUCAAUACACAUUUGAAGAUCAUAACUUUACUGCGAUGGCUCCUUCCUCUCAAAACAUUUGGGAAGUAGUGGUCGGAACAGCUAUUGGCAAAAUGUUCAAGUACAAUUUCACGGAACGAAGUAAUAAGAAGAUUCAUGUCUAUAGAAAGAUUGCAGGAAGCGUGAGAGACAUCAAAUUCCAUCCCAACAAGAAGUUAAUUUGUUGUGUGUCUGCAGACCGGUAUUUGCGAGUGUAUGAGCAAGAGACGAGAGAGUUGCUGCACUCAACAUACUUGAUGCAACGAUUGAAUUGUUUACUUCUCACCAAUGAUCGUUAUGUUUCAAAAGAUGACAAUGAUGAUGAAGGUGCUGGUAGUGAUGAUGAGGAGAGCAUGUUUGGAAUGAACAUGAAGCAAGUGCGGUAUGAACAGGAUCAUGUUUUGGAUGAUGAUGAUGAUGAAGAGACGACUCGUGUGCCUGAAGCAAAAAAGCAACCAAGCAAGAGUCAUGAAACAAACCUUGCAUCUAAGAAACGAAAGCAAAUCACCACUUCGGAAACCAAUGAUGAUGACAGUGGUGCUGUCGGUAAAAAGGCAUCCAAUAACAAGAAGCACGUGGAUAAAUUACAAGAAUUGAAGAAUAGAAUUAAAAAGUCCAAGCUGAAGUAA